UCCGCGGGUUGGUGCGGAAGGGGGCGUGCGAGCGCCAAGGCGGGCGCCGAGUGGGCCCUGACAGCCGCUCAACACCACGGCGACAUCGCCAAACCUCACGCUUCACGACGAGAGCACGCAUCCCGGCCCAGCAUCCCGCCCGCUGUGUUCUCGACACCACCAUGUCUGCACCGCCUCCGCCGCCCCCGCAAUGGGUCAUUGACCUCAACUCUACCCCUGCCACAAAGCCGCCGAAAAAUGCAUCCAUCGCGGAUCCACCAGGCUACACAGCUUCCCUCACCCGGAAAGAGCGGUCACAGUCAUCCAAGAACGCAGCCAGGAAAGCGCCGACAACGGAAGAGAUGGACACGCUCAAGAUGAAGAAGGCGUGGGAGCUCGCCAUUGCCCCCGCGAAGCAGCUGCCUAUGAAUGCCAUCGGUACGCUCACAUCCCCACCGAACACGCUGACACUGAGCUAUGCUAACAGAUAUCAAGGAAUGUACAUGACCGGCAACACCCUCCAGAUCUUCUCCAUCUUCAUGGUCUUCACCCUCUUCAAGACGCCCGUCAUGGCCGUGCUCGCUAUCCAGAAGUCCUUCGCCCCCUUCGAGACGCCCGGCACCAGGAACCGCCUCAUCGCCGUAAAGCUUACCUAUGUCCUCAUGAACUUUCUGAUGCUGGCACUGGGCAUAUGGAAGGUCAAUGCCAUGGGGCUGUUGCCAACCACGAGAUCAGAUUGGCUGGCUUGGGAAGGAGAGAGGACAUGGUCGGAAAGAGCCGUUCCCAGGGAAUGGCUAUGAGAAUCUAUAUUACCGGGCGGUGCAGAACUGGUCCUGAGAGCCUUCAAGUAGCUAUGCAUACAAGGG